AUGGUAUCACACCAUACAGAAUAUAAGAAGACAGAAAACAAUGAAAAUUUACCAUGUUCAGGAUGGCCAUCUGCUCUCAAUAAUAAUGAAAAAAGUAAACUCGUAAAUGAAGUUACAAAGAACCAACAUGCACCCUUACAUAAAAUUAUUAAUACACUAAGUUUAGACUGUAGUUUAACAACUGCUAAACAGGCACUAUAUAAUGCUGGAAUUCACUCCCAUGUUGUUGCAAAAAAGCCUUUUGUUUCAGAAAGGCAUGCUUCUGCUUAUGAAAAAGCUUAUGAUUGGGCACAAGUUAUUUUCUUGGAUCAAUCAAUUGUUGAGAUUGAAAAGCAGUCACAGCAAAUGAGAGUUUGGGGAGGUGUAGGGGAAAGUCUUAGUAUUGAAUUUUUGGAACCUACUUUUAAAAGUGGUCAAAGAUCAGUUAUGGUUUGGGUUCUUUCAUGGGAGAAAUAA